UCCGCUCUUCUAGCGCUCUUCUGGUCGUGACUUAACUUGCGCCUGUUUCCCCUUGUGUGGUUGAAAAUUCUCCUAAAUCCCCGGGUUACUUUUUGUCACCAGCUGUCCCGGUCGGCGGAGUCACACAUCGGGCACCCAAGGACCACGCGAUUGCUAAUUGCGCCCGCUGUGCCCGUCCCUGAGCUUCUGCUCUUGCGCCCAUCAUGGCUCUCAAUAUUGACACAAGUGACCGAUCCGGUUUCCGCCUCCCACAUCCGCCACCCCUCCUUCAUACACGUGCCGGCAACGAACUGCUGGAUCGUCCUUUGACGCCCGCCGACACUGCCUUCACCAGCCCCGUUCAAACCCCUCAAGGGAGCCCCAGCAAGAAUCGCCUGCCGCCCGGCGCGAUCGACCUGCCUAAUGUAUUUGACAAAGCUCUGAAACUGAACCCCACCUCGCCGACGAAGAACACAAAUAACCACUACAACCAUCCCAUGUUCUCUCCGCCCCGGGCGGGGGAGGAUUUCAACGAGAGCGUCAUCCGACAACCGCCCGCCAGCCCUACGCGCAGAUCUAAUAAAGAAAACACGCCUCCGAACUCGACGCGUUUCGCUAAGGAUUUGGGCCCGAAUCCUGCAGCCGCCGCGAUCUCCAGAAAUGAGCUAUACCAGACCCGCGAUCUGGAGAGCAUCCAGCGGCGACAGGUCCCCAUGCGGGGUUUGACUCCGGAGGAGCUAGAGAAGCUCCAGAACCCCCGGGUCAAGCGUCUUGUCAACGUUACCCAGCUUUAUUUCCUUGAUCAUUACUUCGAUCUGCUGAGCUAUGUCCACAAUCGACAGAAUCGCUACACGCAGUUUCGCGCCGCGUACCCGGAACCACCCCUGACGUCGAUGGAGGAAUACGAGCCCGCACUCAUGAAAUACUUGGGUCGGGAGCGGGCCCACCUUCGCAAGCGCCGAACCAGACUUCGCCAGCAUGAUUUCCAAAUAUUGACACAGGUCGGACAAGGAGGAUACGGACAGGUCUACUUGGCACAAAAGAAAGACACGCGGGAAGUGUGCGCAUUGAAGGUGAUGAGCAAGAAAUUACUCUUCAAGCUUGACGAAAUCCGCCACAUCCUCACGGAGCGUGAUAUCCUGACAGCGGCCAAGAGUGAAUGGCUGGUGAAGCUGCUCUACGCUUUUCAGGAUGAGGAUCAAAUUUACUUGGCGAUGGAAUAUGUCCCGGGUGGUGAUUUCCGCACCCUCUUGAACAAUACCGGGGUGCUGCACAACCGCCACGCUCGGUUCUACAUCGCCGAAAUGUUCAGCUGCAUCGAUGCGCUCCACGCACUGGGAUAUAUUCACCGCGAUUUGAAGCCCGAGAACUUUCUGAUUGAUUCGACCGGUCACGUGAAGUUGACCGACUUUGGCCUGGCAGCUGGAAUGCUGAACCCAGGCAAGAUCGAAUCCAUGCGUGUGAAGCUGGAGGAGGUGGGCAAUACCCCGGUGCCGUUCGGACGUCCCAUGGAACAGCGCACGGUGACAGAGCGUCGCCAAGGCUAUCGGUCGCUUCGUGAGCGGCAGGUGAACUAUGCCAAGUCUAUUGUCGGGUCACCGGAUUACAUGGCGCCCGAAGUGCUCAAGGGAGAGGAAUAUGACUUUACGGUGGAUUACUGGAGCUUAGGGUGCAUGCUGUUCGAAGCAUUGGCGGGUUACCCGCCGUUUGCGGGAUCGACGGUAGACGAGACCUGGCAGAACCUGAAGAACUGGCAGAAGGUGCUGCGCAAGCCCGUCUAUGAAGACCCCAACUACUUCCUGUCGCGUCGAACAUGGGACCUGAUCACCAAGCUGGUUGCUGCCAAGGACCAGCGGUUCAAGAACAUCCAGGAGAUCCAUUCCCACGAUUACUUCAGCGAAGUCGAUUUCGGUCGCUUGCGAGAGCAACGUGCGCCGUUUGUGCCCGAGCUGGAUUCGGAGACGGACGCGGGAUACUUCGACGACUUCACGAAUGAGGCCGACAUGGCCAAAUACAAGGAAGUCCAUGACAAGCAACGGGCCCUGGAGGAGAUGGCGGAACGCGACGAGAAGAUGGGCAAGGGCCUGUUUGUAGGAUUCACAUUCCGACACCGCAAACCUGCCAUGGAUGGCAUGGGACGCAGUUCCCCGCGCAAGCCGAUCGCCACGGACGGCAGCUUCGGCACGAUGUUCUAGUUUUCUUUUGCAUGGGUCCUUUCUAGCACGAGCUGGGUCUCGGGUCGGAGUUCAAUUGAGCGAGUAUGACAUGAUAUUUCAUUGGCUAUGGGCAUGGAGCAUGGCAGGACGGGUA